GCGGGCCUGGGCCCCGCGGAUGAGGCGGUGAGGCCGCGGCGCUCCCCCCUCCCCUCCCGGGGCCUUCCCCCCUCCCCUCCCCGUCCCUCCCGCCUCCUCCGGGGCCUCGCGCCCCGCUCCCCAUGUAGGAGGGAGGACCGAGGCCGGCGUGGAUGGUGCGAGGGGCGGGCGCGGAGGGAGUUUGAAGUUGGGGCCUUCCGCGGAGUCCCCCCCUCGCCGUUGCCGAGGAAUGCCAAAUCCGGAGAGACAUGGCGGCAAGAAGGACGGCGGCGGGGGGUCCUCGCAGCCGGGCGGCGGCAGCUCCAACAGCAAGGAGAGGCACCGGGCGGGCUCCAGGCACAAGAGGCACAAGUCCAGGCACUCCAAGGAGUCGCCGCUGGCGGCCCAGGAAGCGGCGGCGCCCCUGGGAGCGGUGAUCAAGCCGCUGGUGGAGUACGAUGACAUCAGCUCGGACUCGGACACCUUCUCGGACGAUGUGGCCCUCAAGCUGGACAGGAGGGACAACGAGGAGAGGAGGGCGGAGAGGAGCGAGAGGGCGCAGAAGCACCGGCACCACCAGCACAAGCGGCUGCGGGAGCUGAUGAAGAGCAAACAGGCGGAGAAGGACAGGAAGCUGGAAAAGAGCCUGGAUGCUUCCAGCAGGUCCGCCAAGGAGAGGAUCUCGGGAUCCUCCAAGAGGCUCCUGGAGAGCGAGGAGCACCCCAAGGCGCUCUCCUCCAAGAGCAGCAACAAGGAAUCGCGCUCGGCCAAGGCGCACAAGGAGAAAUCCAGGAAGGAGCGGGAGCUCAAGUCCAGCCACAAAGAGCGCAGCAAAAGCCAUCGCAAAAGGGAUGCUCCCAAAAGUUACAAAACCAUCGACAGCCCCAAGAGGAAAUCCAGGAGCCCGCACAGGAAAUGGUCGGACAGCCCCAAACUGGACGACAGCCCCUCGGGAGCCUCCUACGUGCAGGAAUACGACCUCAGCCCGCCCCGCUCGCACACCUCCAGCACCUACGAUCCCUACAGGAAAAGCCCCGGCGGCUCCUCGCGCCGCCAGUCCCUCAGCCCGCCCUACAAGGAGCCCGUGGGCUACCAGUCCAACGCCCGCUCGCCCAGCCCCUACAGCCGGCGGCAGCGAUCCGUGAGCCCCUACGGCCGGAGGCGCUCGUCCAGCUACGAGCGGGGCAGCGGCUCCUACAGCGGCAGGUCCCCGAGCCCCUACAGCCGCCGCCGCUCCAGCAGCCCCUUCGCCUCCAAGCGCUCCGUGAGCCGGAGCCCCAUCGCCAGGAAAUCCGUCAAGUCCCGGAGCCGCAGCCCUGGCUACUCGAGGCACUCAUCUCACAGCAAAAAGCAGAGGUCUGGCUCUCGCAGUCGCCAUUCCAGCAUCUCCCCAAGCAGGCUCCCACUGAACUCCAGCCUGGGAGCAGAGCUCAGCAGGAAGAAGAAGGAGCGAGCGGCCGCGGCGGCCGCUGCAGCCAAGGUGGACGGGAAGGAGGCCAAAGGCUCCCCUGUUUUCCUGGCUAGGAAGGAGAACAGCUUGGCUGAGCUGAAGGAGGCUGGGACAGAGUCUAAAAAAGUCACCAAAACUGUUAAAUCUGAGAAAGCUCCGGACACGGACUCGGUGAAUUUGCUGUACACCAACACAGAGCCUAAAGCCCCUGCGGAGACAACGAAAUCCAAGGCAGAGGAGAACUCGGAGAGGAAACACCCUGUUCCACUUAGGGAUUCCAAACCCACGGGAACAAAAGACUCGAAGCCUGUAGCAGUGGUAGAGGACCUGGUAUCUCCAAAGGAGACAGACCCAGCAGAGAAGGAGAUUCCACCUCCCCUCCCCGCCAUCAAAUCCCCUCCUCCACCUCUGCCCACCACCACCCCUCCGCCUCCCACGCCGCCGCUGCCGCCGCUGCCUCCGUCACCCGCUGCCCCACCUUUGCCUCCAGCCCCAGUGACUCCUGUUCAGGUUCCUCCUCCAGCCCCAACGUCUUUGCCAUCUUCUUCCCACCCAAGGACGUCUACUUUAUCCUCUCAGGUGAACUCCCAGUCCUCUGUGCAGGUGGCUACAAAAACCCAAGUGUCUGUGACGGCUGCUAUCCCACACCUGAAAACUUCCACCUUGCCUCCGCUUCCGCUCCCCCCUAUUUUAGUUGGGGAAGAUGACUUGGAUAGUCCAAAAGAGAUUCUUCCUCCAAAACCUGUGAAGAAAGACAGAGAGCAGAGACCACGACACUUACUCACGGACCUCCCGCUCCCCCCCGAGCUCCCUGGGGGGGACCCAUCUCCUCCUGACUCCCCAGAACCAAAGGCAGCCACACCACCUCAGCAACCCUUCAAAAAGAGACCAAAAAUCUGUUGUCCUCGCUACGGGGAGAGGAGGCAGACGGAGAGCGACUGGGGCAAGCGCUGCGUGGACAAGUUCGACAUCAUCGGCAUCAUCGGAGAGGGGACGUACGGGCAGGUCUACAAAGCCAAGGACAAGGACACAGGUGAGCUGGUGGCUCUGAAGAAGGUGCGCCUGGACAAUGAGAAGGAAGGGUUCCCCAUCACAGCCAUCCGCGAGAUCAAAAUCCUGCGGCAGCUCAUCCACCGCAGCGUGGUCAACAUGAAGGAGAUCGUCACGGACAAACAAGAUGCACUGGAUUUCAAGAAGGACAAAGGUGCCUUUUACCUUGUGUUUGAGUACAUGGACCAUGACCUAAUGGGGCUGCUAGAAUCUGGCUUGGUACAUUUCUCAGAGGACCAUAUCAAGUCUUUCAUGAAACAGUUAAUGGAGGGUCUGGAUUACUGUCACAAAAAGAAUUUCCUUCAUCGAGACAUCAAGUGCUCCAACAUCUUACUGAACAACAGUGGGCAGAUCAAACUUGCAGACUUUGGGCUCGCCCGACUCUACAGCUCAGAGGAGAGCCGUCCCUACACCAACAAAGUGAUCACGUUGUGGUACCGACCCCCGGAGCUGCUGCUCGGGGAGGAGCGUUACACCCCUGCCAUCGACGUGUGGAGCUGUGGCUGUAUCCUCGGGGAACUGUUUACAAAGAAGCCUAUUUUUCAAGCCAAUCUGGAACUGGCUCAGCUUGAAUUAAUCAGCCGGCUCUGUGGGAGCCCCUGCCCAGCUGUGUGGCCAGAUGUCAUCAAGCUGCCCUACUUCAACACUAUGAAGCCCAAGAAGCAAUACCGGCGGCGCCUGCGCGAGGAGUUCUCCUUCAUUCCCUCGUCUGCCCUGGACCUGCUGGACCACAUGCUGACGUUGGACCCUGGCAAGCGCUGCACAGCAGAGCAGGCCCUGCACAGUGACUUCCUGAAGGACGUUGACCUCAGCAAAAUGGCACCUCCAGACCUCCCCCACUGGCAGGAUUGCCACGAGCUGUGGAGCAAGAAGCGGCGGCGGCAGCGGCAGAGCGGGAUGGCCGUGGAGGAGCCUCCGGUAUCAAAAGUUUCUCGGAAAGAAACUACCUCUGUUACAAGCACAGACACUGUGAAAAACAACAGCAGUCCUGUGCCCCCCCAGCCUGCCCAGCUCAAAGCAGAGCCUGGUGCUGCAGAUGCAGUAGGCCUGGGCGACAUCACGCAGCAGCUGAACCAGAGCGAGCUGGCCGUGCUGCUGAACCUGCUGCAGAGCCAGACCGACCUGAGCGUGCCCCAGAUGGCCCAGCUGCUCAACGUCCACUCCAACCCCGAGAUGCAGCAGCAGCUGGAGGCUCUCAACCAGUCCAUCACGGCCCUGACGGAGGCCACGGCGCAGCACCGCGAGCCCGCGGCGCCGGCGGCGGCAGAGGAAGCCAUAGAGGAGCCUCCUGCAGAGGUGCCCGAGGAGCAGCAGACUCCAGAGGUAGCCAGCGCUCAGGGAGACAUGCAGAACGUGCUGGCAGUUCUGCUGAGUCAGCUGAUGAAGAGCCAGGAGCCUGGGAUAACCCUGGAGGAGAGCAACGGGGAGAAGAGCAGCGAGCAGCGGGGGCCCAGGAAAAGCCCGGCGAGGCAUCCCGAGGAGAGCACAGCGUGUCCUCCCGGCAUUGUCCCACCCGAGAAGAGACCCCCCGAGCCCCCCGGACCGCCGCCGCCUCCUCCCGUGCCCGAAGGCGAUCUCUCCGGAGCAGCCCAGGAGUUGAACCCGGCCGUGACGGCUGCGCUGCUCCAGCUCCUCUCGCAGCCCGACCCGGAGCCGCCAGCGCCGGAGUUCGGCCGCUCGCAGCCCGCCAGGACUUACAGCACCGACAGCUCCGAGGAGCCCAAGCCGGCCCAGACUCUGCUAGAGCCUCCUGGCCAAGCCCUGGGGAAAAGCAGGACCUUCUUGGGCUCCGUGAGCCACCUCGGGGAGAGCAGCAGCUACCAGGGCACGGGCUCGCUGCAGUUCCCCGGGGACCAGGACCUGCGCUUCGCCAGGCUCCCCGUGGCCAUCCAGUCCUUCGGCAAAGCCGAGGGCAGCAACAGCAACGCGCUGCUGCACGCAGAGGCCAAAGUGCAGAGUUACAGCGACUUGGGGCCAGGCGGUGCCAGUGGGGCAGGGACAGGUCACAGCUGGGGUGCCCCAACCCAGGCGCCGCCUUCCUACGGGAAGGCGUUCCGAGGGCCUGGCCGAGUGCCUCCACGGGGGGGCCGGGGCCGGGGGGUUCCCUACUGAGAUUCCUGGGAUCCCCCCUUGCCUCUCCUCCUUUAGCCACAGGACUUGAUUUUUUUUUUUUUUAAUUUUUUUAAUUUUUUUUUUUGGCCAGAGCAAGGUCUCGUCCGCAUUUCAGCUGCUGCAGAGCUCCCUGGGCAUCCCUCCCUCUCUCGGGAGCUGCCACAGGGUCCCCACUGGCCUCCCCUGCUUGGUUAGUGACAAAAAAUAAUCCCAACCCUGCAGCAAACUGAGCCAGGAGAGGGGGGGAUUGAUGGAGAAGCAGGAAUGGAAGGAAAGAGGAAUUUCAAAAAUGCUGUUUCCCCCAGCUGGGCACUGGAGUUUGUCAGGGAGGGCUGGGGGGAGGCUGCUUCCCAAAGCGGUUUUAUUUUUGUUGUUGUUGUUGUUUUGUUUGUUUUCCCCAUUUUCUUAAGAAAAAAAAAGAAAAAAGAACAAAGAAAAGGGGAAUUUAUGGAUGCAGAGGCACCUGGAUGGGUUAUCCCAGCAGUGGGAUGUGACACUGGUUGUGUUUGGUUUAUCUGAUGUUGCUUUCUUUCCAUAAAGCAUCCGGUUUUCCCCCUGCUCCAGGGCCAGUCCUGUCCCCAGUGGCAGCAGCCUUAGUACAUUGAUUUUUGGGAAGGGUCUCUGGGUGUUGGAUCCCUCCUGCUGUAACUUGGCAGUGGGAAUUGUCUUUUUCUUUUUUUGUCUUUUGUUUUAAUUUUUUUUUUUUUAAGAGCCGAGGAGAACACCUCCCUGAAAACCAGGGAUUUCUGCCGUUUGUAACUUUCAGAACCCUUCAAGAAUUGAAAAAAAGGAAACAAAAAUCCCAACAUCUGGUGGGAUUUGCCAGCAGAUGGGAGUGAUUUGUCCCCAGCAUCCUGGGCCAGUGCUGCCCAUCCUGCCGAGGUCGGUCGCAUCUCAGCCCUUUGAGGUUUUCCAGGUGUUCCUGUGUCAUUUCCAUGAGCACAUUUCUAUUUUUGUUGUUGUCAAGGAAGUAUUUACGAUGGAUUUUCUCCUCCCACAGACCCUUGCGCUGUUCAUUUCAAUGAGACUUAAAAAGAGAUGAAUAAAACAAAGGUACCUAUU